GAAUCUACGGUUAAGCGGUUUGAGCGGCAACUUUACGUCCUGUGAGUGCUACGCGGUGACUCGAUAUUUUGGCGUGCCAUACUGAUCGAGAUUUGUAGCUGAAAUAACAUGGAAAACAGUGUUUGAAUAAACACUUGAAAUGGAAUUUGACUAUUGUCAAAUUUCCUCUGAUCCAAGAUAUCUUGAAUCGACUAAAGUGGUACUGGCCAAAGCGUCUUCCUGCCGCCUACUGCCGAGGUUCUUAUGGGCAAGAAAAAGAAAAAUGUUGGCCCCCAGCCACGGACUAAAGACAAUUUAAAACCUUCCAGCAGUGAAAGGGCUGCGCAGUUUCUGGUUCAACAUACAGGGGGUUUGGGGUUGCCGUCCUCUUUCCUGUCCAGCACCGGCACUUACGGUGUUUGCAACACGACCACGAUUUUUGAAGAUGAAGGGCAGUCAGCCGAGUUUGUUCCCGUUCCUCAGGAUCCAGAUGCACUAAAUCUAGAUAGCCGUCUUCUUGGCAUUUUGAAGCGUUUGGACAAACGGGACGUGACCACCAAACAAAAGGCUCUGCGUGAGCUGUCGGCUCUCCUCCGAUCCGAUACUGAUGUAGAGCUGUCCGCUCUCAUUGCCAUACUUCCAUAUUGGUCACCAAUUUUUUGCCGACUCUCUGACGAUCCCGACAGAAAGGUACGAGAAUAUACCCAAAUGGCUAUGUGUUUUCUGGUUCGUCGUGUCCGUAGUGAAUUGAGACCUUACGUGAAACAAGUCUUACCUUCUUGGACGUAUGGCUCAACGGAUUUUCAUGGUGCUGCCGCCAACUGGGCCGGUCAAGGACUAGCAAGUGCAUUUCCCACUUCCAAACGUUCUGAGGCGUAUCGUCUCUGUGCUAAACAGCUGUUGGAUUUCCUCGAGAACCAAAUCGAUUCAACCGUUUCACAUGUUUCACGUUUGCUUGAAACCAAGAAAACUGUGAUCAGACAACCUACAGAAAAGCAGUUGGAGCAAGAUUCCGAAAAUGAACUUGCUCUGGAAAAGUUAGCCAGAGCUGUUGAUUUCUGUGGUUUAAUCACUUUUCACUUUGCCGCACUCCCAGACAAUAAUCCGCACCUUCAACGCCUCCGAUCACUGUUGUCACCGGAAAACUUGUGGUCUAGAGUUUCCCGCGCAAUCGAGCUCAGUCUCUGUGAAGGCCACUUGUUACUCGGAAACAGCUCCAUCGUCCACAGAUCUUUAUAUCAAUUAUCCAAAUCUUUGUGUAUUGAUGAGCACUGGAGUCAGUGGUUGUCUCAGACUCCACAAGGCACCCACUUAGCUUCCUAUCUGUGCGCCAGCACACUUGGUCAACUCGGAGUUAAGUCUGAUUGUGAAAUUCCAACUGCACCUCAGACCUCUACUCUGAUUCCUUCCUCUCUACGUUUGGAAGCCGGUGCCUCCUGCUAUUGCUCCUGCUGGGACGCAGCCAUAGCAUGUUUGACCAAUCUUCCGGACAGUUUGGUUUGGUCAAUCGUUGACUGGAGGUCCAGCUUGGCUCCACAACUGGAACGUCUGUUAUUACAUGCUGACGUUGGACUUAUUACUAAGGCUUAUUCAUACCUACACAAUUUGCUGAGCAAACUCCCAAUCAAUUUUGAUGCGAUAGAUGAGACUGACUGCGAUUUGCUACAGCGCGUUUUCAUCGCGGCAACGAUUUCUGGUUUGGAACGAUCACUCGUCCCGAAAUCCACCAUCAGAUCAUCGGCACUAGACGAACCCCAGCACCUCACUCCAAAGCACGCGGACCCGGGUUUGUCAUCGGAUCUUGUCUCCGGCGUUCUCCGAUGCGCUGGCUUCCUGUUGAAUAAGACAGUCCCAUCAGGCUCUUUUAGUUCACUGGAUGACCUCUAUCAAUCCUCACCGCUUCUUCGUGCUGUGAUGUGCGAUGUGAUCCUACGGCUAUUGGGCGAUGCUCUAGAUGCUUCUCGAGUCUCUGCGAAACCACAGCUGGUGUGUGCUCAGCCUCCAAUGUAUCGCCGAGUUUACUUGUCCUCUGUAUUUUCCGAGAUCGCGCGGCUGUGUGUGGACCUGGGGAAAUCGGACCUACACACUAAACACCUCCUUUUGGCACAUAUUUGUGAUGAGAUUGUGCGUUGGUCCUCGGAGGAUCCUGCCGUCGAAAUGACAGAUCCGUGUGAAGCAGAUACAAAGCGUUCUCGGCUUGGCUUAAUAGACCCUCUCUGUUUGAUCGAAUUCGCCGAUCCACUCGCCCUAUUUGAGCAUUCACCGCUGCCCAUAUGUUUCGAACCUCCAGCAAAGCCUUCUCGUCGACACCAGUCUGCUCGUGGUUUUACCGUGACGUUUCCAGAUCACUUUGAUCUGCAAAACGAGUGGUGCAUUGGACUGUUCACAUCGCUCUCAAAGCAAGUGCAACGGAGACUCAGCUCAACCGCGGUGGACGCAAGCUUACGAAGCUGUCUUUACCUCGCUCUGUUUUGCCUGCAUGGUCAUUUGUCAGACGAUUACCCCUGUCUCCUUCCUUCGUUUGCCUCGACAUUACUCUCUGAAAUCCUUCCUGGUUUGCCCGAGGAUAUUCAUUGCAACUCUUUGUCAUCUUCAGUGAUACGCGGACUGACAAGAGCCUGGUCCCAUUCUGACGAGGCCAGUCCGUUGCGGGUGCCGUCAGACUCUAUUUGCUCGCAGUUUUUCAACGAGCUAUUUCCAACCAUCUUGUUGCAUUUGCCAUCCGAUUCAGCCAACCUCUUUCGGAAUAUUAGCAAUUUGUUUUCGCAUUGGCUUACAUACUGGUGCAAAAAAUCUGUAUUGUUGGAAGCGACCGAGGACGAGGUAUCCUCCUCGUUGACCAAUAUCUCACUGUUGUUCCACACUUUGUGCAUUAACCAUCCUAAAAAUGGUGAUCAAACACACGGGUUGAAAGAAUCACUUUUACAAGAAAUUGAUGCUUGGAUCCAGCCGUUUUUCUCUUCCGGCACCGUUGAUAUGCUCACAACCCAUUCUCUUAACAUGAUCCAUCGUCUUCUCGUCAUACAACUAAUCGCAUUGGAGUCAUCUUCCUUUCCCACGAAUUUUGACCGUCGCAACCGUUGGUGCCUUCAGCUGGGACAACUUUUAUUCGCGAUGUACCGCGUCCAUCAUUUCGCGCUCGUCGCACAAGUCCUGACACCCGACUCGCCUCUGGUGGUGUUCACUUCAGCGACUGUGAACUUUGCACAUCUUCCAGCACUGUCUCUCCCCACCGCAUUUCAGCGCGCCGAGAGACUGUUACUGUUCUAUGCAAGUUCACGAAUACGAGAUCCAAGCCAUACUGCCGACGCAUAUGACGUGGCACAUUCUAUCUACAAUUUGUUGUUCAAGACCGUUCAGUAUUCACCCUACGUUCCGCCCGGAUUGAUUCGGUUCUCAAAAUCUUUGGCCACCGAAUGUCCCACUCCCGCAUUGGCCUCUAUCUGGCUGUCUGAACUGUCGGAGUUAAUUCAGAAGUUGUCGAUAUGUCCAUUCACAGACAGCAGCUCUCCUCGAUCAGCACUGUUUAAUGUCCCCACGCGGCAUCUGUUGCCCGCGUUUGGUUUAUCUGUCGACCGAGCCCAUUUGGCCUCACUUGUUCGUCUGCAUCAGCUUGGAUUGCAGAUGGAACUCCCUUGCAAACUACGGACAGCGGAUAGCGAACAUCGCCAAUACAUACAGUGCUUGGGUUUGUUGCGCGCUUGGUUGUGUAGCGUGUCAGAGCCAUGCGACUCUUGCACUGAACUGGGUUGGCCUGCCUUGGCCUCCUCCACGUCGGAUGAUCUGUCAGAUUCCCCGGCUCCGUUCGCAGACCCACAUUUGGAACCUGUUCGAUCUUCUUUUGGCUGCACUGUUGAUUUUCUACAGAACACAUACAAUGACCUCUGGCAUACAGCUACGGUCCGUUUGUCACUUAGUGAGUUACUCGAGCUAUUGUCGAUCAAUCGGCGCUCUUCAUUGUUCUCCCCCGAUCCCUAUGCUCUGUUCCGGCUUAGCUCCGCUUUAAACGCCGUUGCACUGAACCAUGUUCGGUCUCUUCACCCGAAUUCGUUUCCCCGUCCUUUCCUACUCUCUUGCAGUUGUGCUGAUGAUCCUGACAUGAUGUGUUCUUCAUGGUGCGAACAGUAUCUGCUACCGAAAAUGUAUCCCAUCGACCCUCUGGAUGAAUUGGUCUUUCAUCGAGCCUGUGAAUUAUAUUUACCUACUGGCAUCAUCAGGCGUUGUUUACCGAGACAAGAGUUGCUUGGGAAGUUGAAGAGCUUUUCCAUGAGUAGUGGCAGUACUUCCUCCGAACAGGAGGAUCCGGACUCCGGCACCUCUUUAGUGACGGCCGCUCGCAUCCUGACGAUUUGCUCCAGUCUGGCGAGCGUACGCGUCGUCACCCCGAUCUAUGUCUCCUCAUGUCUUUCCAUCUUCACUGAGGAUUACCAGUCGUGGUUGACCAAGCUCUGUGAUUCUGUGGACAGCAGAGUGCCAGACACUUGGAAGCCGCACUCCGCUUAUCUUGCCAGCUUGGCUGCUCUUUCAUUUACAGAGUCACUGUUUUUACUUUGGCAACCGUGGCAAUGGAAGCUGACCACUCACAAGUCGGACAGGUCGUCUACUUCUCAUCGCCUUGGGCUUAUUCAGCUCAGUCUACGGUUACAACAGUUGCGGCCAUCGCUGACUCUUUCGCAGUGGGAUUUUUUCAUCUGUCUCGUGAUUAGUUGGGUGUGCUCUGUGGCGAGCUUGCUCGCUGACAGAACACCGUUAGAAGAUCACGAUAGGCUGUUUGUGUUUCGAACUUUCCGUGCUGCUACUGCAUUGGCCGCUAUGUUUCUAGACUGUCGUAUGUCUCCAGUGCGUUUGGACGCUCUGCUGGUACCUCAUGCUUCUGCUUCAGGAGGAGGCGGAGGUCGCCCGCUUCCUUUGGACGAUUCAGCGGGCGACGAAUGGGACGACGAUUUGGAUGCGGAAGCUGAUCAAGCAGAUCCCAAAGACUUGGAUAUCAGCAUAGGAGAUAGCGAUCCAAUAGCGGAUGACGGUGAUGUACUCAAUGAUGUUGAAGGUACAGAGGCUUUGCUCCUCGACGAAUUGGAACAAAUUGACGAGGAACCGGAGUCACCUGUGAUUCUCGACGUAAAUGGUGAAUUGGACGACACAGAAGCCGCAACUGAUGGGCCAAUUCUCCCACGUCGUGGUCGGCCUCCACCUUCCGUUCGAACUGACUGGGACAAUUUUUUCUCCUCUCAACUUUAUUCUAAUCUGUUACCUAUCGUUCUCCGAUGUUGCUUGUCUCAUUCGAACUCCAGUGUUUCAUGCAGUCAAAUGGACACUCCUUUUCAUUUCCAAGCGCUUUGUGCUGCAUUCGCCACCUGUCCAACCUCUCAGUUAAUCCGCCUGUUUGCCGAUAAUCCCCGUCUGAUUCUAGAGUAUCUAGUGGAUUUGGAGUUAUCUGACUGCUCUUCUUCACCCCCAGUGUUACCGCUGAUCUCUUCCAGAAAUUGCUCGGUAUCUCAGCUUGUUCCAGGUCUACGCGCCAGUUUUGAAUUAGCUAUUCGUUUGCUUCACUCUUCACCUUUCCAAUCUGGCCAACUCCUCGGACAUAUAUUGUUGACUCGACUCAUCUGUACGCGCACCCAACGACCUGGCAGUGACGUGGUAUCGAAUUUGAGUAACUAUCUUAUCCAUCGUCUUCCCACUUCCCUGCUGUUGUCACUAUCAAGCCCUCUACCCGAUUCCUUAGAACGUGACUUGUUUUCAGAGUCGGCUUUUGAUUACUGGGGACGUGGAUCUCGUGCUCUAACUUACGUCACAGUGUUCUCUGUGCAGGACGGCUGGAGUCUGGAUUUAUCGGCACACCGAUCCAUCUUAGGCUACCUUCUGGCUUGGGAUUGUUUACUGAGUCUGUUCACCUGUGCCGGACCCCAGGCGGGUGCACGGUUACAACGAGCCUUGCUCGGUCGUUCGGCAUCUCUGCUAGACAAAUUCCUACUGUGUGUUGGUCUCCUUUUGCCAUUCCCCUGUGAUUUAGAAACAUUUAUAAAUUCUCCCAGCCGAUUUGAACCAGAUGAACGUCUCAUGCUUCCUGUGUCGGCCACUCGGACGAAUCUUAUCGCUACUCUGUCUGCACUCCGCUCCCAAACCCACCGCCGUCCAAUGCGUUUGCCUGCCACUCCGGCGUCUGGUGAUGUUCGCCGCUGGAGUGAACCGUUUGGUCCAGAUGAUCCUCUCCUCUUCCUGCCCGGCCACCGGCUGUCUCGUGAUCUCAGUCACUUUGCUGUGCGGUUACUUCGUCGCUUCCUCUUUGAGGCGCCUUCUCUGUUCAGGAACUGGUUCCUUCGGUUGAGUUCUGUGAACUUCGCCUCGAACUCGGAUGGGUCAACCAACAGUGCUCCUCCCCAAAGCCCAUUGGCUCUCCAUAAGCCGGGACGCUUACGUUUCCUGGCGAAUGCGGUGGACGCCUUGAUCACAAAGCACUUCGCCGCAGUUCUUGCUCGUGACGAGGUGAUCUUAGUGCAGCGCAUGGCUCGUAUGCGACACAUCAAGCGUGAUGGAGACGCAUCCAAAGCGUGGUUCUCUCUGUGGAGCUCUUCAAAGGAGGUGGGAUCUAUCACAAUAAAGUGUCGGCCUUUGCUGAGAGAGGUGAUCGCCACUUACCACGUGACCGAAGAACACUCCAUGGAGAUGCUCAUCCAACUACCGUCCAAUUAUCCACUUGGUCCUACCACCGUUACUUGCGGUCAUGGUGUGGCCGUCAGCUCGCAACAGUGGCACGUUUGGAGCGUUCAGUUGUCUAUGUUCAUCAACAACCAGAACGGCUCCAUUCUCGAUGGAAUCGACCUGUGGCAACAGAAUGUGCGCAAGAAAUUUGAAGGGGUUGAAGAGUGCGCCAUUUGCUACUCAAUCCUGCAUAACACUAAUUUCAGUCUGCCAAAAAUGCGGUGUCACACCUGCCGCAAAUUGUUUCACUACGCCUGCAUGUAUCGUUGGUUCACGACCAGCCGCAAUCCUGUAUGUCCUUUGUGCCGACAUCUCUUCUUUGGCCCCAAUGGACGCUCGAAGUGAAAUGGCUUACCUGAUAUUGCUGUCUAUUCUGCCUUCCUGUAUCAUCAACUGUGAUCCCAGAAUUUUAUCAGCUUUGUAUAAAGUUUCUGUUUUUCAUAGUGUGUUACUAGUCUCCUGACGGAAACUACAAAACCUCCCAACUGUAAGAUGAUGGGACAUACAAAAUUCCGCUUUUACUCUUCACCUGACCACCUCAUAGAUACGCUUUUUCCGACUGGACGUCACUGGAUUUCCUACCUACCCCUUGGACUCAUUUGUAGAUACAGACGCUGUGUUUAUUGUCUUCUGACUUAUCCUCACAACACUACAAACACUCAAUCUUUUCCAUUUUGUUCAGUCAGGCGGAUUUUUUUGCGUUCGUUCUCCUAACCCUGGGCUUCGGGUGGACGUAGUCUUGCUAGGAUUCGUACAACAGGAGCUUUCACUACAUGCUUUUGAUGGUGACGCUUGCUGUGUCUGUUAGGAGUAUGUUCGGGUCUUUG